AUGUCUGACACCGUACUUACACCCUCAAAUAGCAAUAUCCAUUACCAUCCCACGCCCCUGACACCUUCCAUCCGGGCAGGGCUACUCAAGCAAACCGGUCUGACGAUCUGGCUUACUGGCCUUUCGGCUUCGGGAAAAUCCACCAUCGCUGUCGCCCUGGAACAAGCCCUCAUCCGCAAACCAUUCAACAAGAAUGCCUACCGCCUGGACGGUGACAACAUCCGCUUCGGCCUCAACAAGGACUUGGGUUUCUCCCCGAAAGACCGCGAGGAGAACAUCCGUCGCAUCGCCGAGGUCGCCAAGCUCUUUGCUGACUCGUGCACCAUCGCCAUCACCAGCUUUAUUUCCCCCUAUCGCGCCGACCGUGACCUCGCCCGCAAGCUCCACGAGGCCGAGCGCCCCGGCGGCGAACCGGGCGUGCCAUUCGUUGAAGUCUGGAUCGAUGUCCCCGUCGAAGUUGCCGAGCAGCGCGACCCGAAGGGCCUGUACAAGAAGGCUCGCGAGGGCAAGAUCCCCGAGUUCACCGGCGUCACAGCCCCUUACGAGGAGCCCUUGAAGCCCGAGGUGCAUAUCCGAAGCGACAAGACUACAGUCGAGGACAGCGUCAAGAUCAUUAUCAAAUACCUUGAGGACCAGGGCUAUCUGGGCACCCCGCCAGCCGUUGACGACGAGGACUAG